UUGUUCACGUGUAGUCAUGUCAGGUAACCACCUCAUGUUAGAAGGAGGCGAAUGGCUUCACAUGUUGGUAAAUAUAAAACAGUUGAGCCCAUUCGGUGUUCACAACACUUCCACGGAACUGACAAGAGACCAACACAAGCAAACAUUACAAAACAAUAACUCAGACCUGGUUGAAGGGUAAAAAGAAGUGCACACCGGAGUGUGUAUGAACUAAACACUCGCGCCGACACAUUGAAACCGAGCGACUUCUGUGUUUUCACUCGUGACUUUUUAAACGUAAAAAAAAAUGGUUGUUAUAUCAAAAAAAUUAAAGAAUUUCCAGAUUGAGUUCCGCGAUUCCACCAAGGCCUUUUAUUCGAGUGGGGAUAAAGUGGCUGGGAGAGUGUUGGUGGAGGUGUCGGAGACCACCCGAGUAAGCGCCAUGAGGCUGUACGGGAUCGGCUGUGCCAAAGUAGAGUACAGCAAAGGAAAGCAGCGCUGUAAGGAUGCCAUAGAGUACCUGAGAUACGAGGAUGUGCUUCACCUGGACCAGCAGCAUACAGACUCGGAUGGCUCUGUUACCCUAAGACCUGGAAAUAGAUAUGAGUACACGUUUGGGUUCGAACUUCCCCAGUCAGGGCAGCUAGUGUCCUCAUAUAAAGGCAAACUUGGCUAUGUUGAGUACUACGUGAGAGCAGUGAUGGAGAGGGCCUGCCAGUCAGAAGUAGAGUGCAAAAAGUGUUUUGAGGUGGAGGAACCGAUUGAUGUCAACACUUCGGACCUUACGGCUCCUGCAGCUGGGGUGAAGGAGAAAAAGCUGACCUGCAUGUUCAUUCCUGAUGGCAAAGUGUCAGUGACAGCAAAGAUUAACCGUAAGGGCUACUGUGAAGGAGAGAACAUCUGCAUCGAUGCCAAGUUUGUGAACACCUGCUCUCGCAUCAUCGUCCCCAAAGCUGCCAUUAUUGUCACACACACCUAUCGGGCCAAUGGCCGCUUGAAGGUGCUCCGUGAGAAGAUCUCAUCUGUCAGGGGCAAUCAUAUCAUCUCUGGCAUGUGUGACAUAUGGCAGGGCAAAACCUUUCGAGUGCCAAAACUGAAACCCACCAUCUUGGGCUGCAACAUCAUCCACAUGGACUACAGUCUGAUGAUUUAUGUGCAUAUCCCUGGAAGUGAGAAGCUGACCCUAGAGCUUCCUUUGGUCAUUGGGACAAUCCCGUUUACUGGCUUUGCCAGUCGAACCAGCAGCAUGAGCAGUCAGCAAGAAAGCUCAACAGCCUCCAGCAGCCUGGUGUCCAUGCCUUCUGCUCCACCUAGCUACAGUGAAAUACCUCUGCAUGGCUGCAUGGACCCAUUCAUCACACCAUUGCUAGAUGACUACAGUGAAGAUGACUGUCCCAUUUUUAUUCAUGCCAGAGAGUACCAUCAGACACCCCCUCCAGCCUAUACCGAGGUGCAAGAGGGAUGCAGAACCAGUGGCACCACUCUUAUGUAAUGGUGCACAGCUAUAGCUGCAAAAAAACCUUUGGAUGAGAUUAGUUUCCUUAAAAAAAAUAAAUUUCUGUUAAUUUGUGCAAAGGGUGUUGCAGUUUGAAAAACAUACGUAAACAACGUUUUUAAGAAAGGAUGCUUCUUAAGAACAGCAUUAGGCUUAGUGCCUGCUUUGUGCUUCUUGAUUAUUUCUGGGGUAUCCUCAGUAUUUAGACCUAAAAGGUUAUUUCUUUUUUAGAUGGAAGUUGAGCAUUGCCAUAUUGGCGUAAUUAUAAGGCUUCCUUUAAAAUCAUUCCAGAUAAUAAGGAAUUUAGGACUGGUAAAGAAAAAGAAAUCUGUGCAACGUUGAGAAUGCCGUGCCUUUUUGCUGUAUUAUGUCAAAUAAAAGUUCAGAGGGCAUGAUUUUAGAAUGCACUUUUAAAGAUAGUAUACAACUUUGUAUCAGAGUUAAUGGUUUGUUUAUAUUUUAACUUCAUAUUAAAUUAUUAACACAAAGCAGUUAUUAUUACCAGUAUGGUCUAACGGUUUAUGUACAUUCAUAAUAGAAAUUAUACUCAAUCAUAUUAAAACUUCAGAGUGCCCGUAUUUAAUUUGGAGAGUUUUGUCAUUAAUGUGCAUUUUCUAUAUACAUAUUUUAUACAUAUAGCUAUAUUUGUACAUAUAUGCAUUGUGCCCUAGGGGUAAAUCUGCAAAUAAAACUAUAAUGAAAACUG